AUGCUUCUAUCUUUAACUUGCGAAGAAGCUACAUCAUCAUCAAAAACCGCACAAUGCACGGUGUCAUGCAUGUAUCAAGCGCACAUUGGCGGCUUUUGGCGGACGGUGACGGCCCAUUGGACCAAAAACAUCAUGCACCACUCAUUAAACAUCUUGGUAGACAGCGUGGAAUCUCCCGAUCGCCGCCAUCACUGCAAGGUAGACCUCAAGCCAUGGCAUUUUUGGGGCAAAAAGAGUUACAAGACCUUCGAGGUUGAUAGUCUUCAAAUUGAUGUUUAUUGGGACUUUCAGUCAGCCAGGUUUUCUGGCUCACCGGAGCCAUCCUCAGAUUUCUACGUCGCAUUAAUUUGCGAUGAAGAAGUUGUGUUGUUGAUUGGUGACUUGGAGAAGAAGGUAUACAAGAGAACAAAAUCACGGCCAGGGGUGGAUACAAUCUUGUUCUUCAAGAAAGAGCAUGUUUUUGGAAAGAAAAGCUUUACAACAAAAGCAAGAUUUUAUAAAGAAAGAAAAGAUUACGAAAUUUUGGUGGAAAGUUCUACUUCUUCAGGGUCUAAAGACCCUGAAAUGUGGAUCAGUAUCGAUGGGGUCGUACUGAUCCAUAUAAGAAACUUGCAGUGGAAGUUUCGUGGGAAUGAAACCGUUUUGGUGAACAAGCAACCGAUUGAGGUGUUGUGGGACGUGCAUGCAUGGCUGUUUUUGAACCCUGGUUCGAACCAUGGGUCAUUUAUUUUCAAACCUGGUCAACCUAACUCAGAAAGUGAUAAAGAGGAUGAUAGCCAAGAUGGGACCGAAGAGGGUGAUAACAAUAGUGUAAACAAGGAUUAUUCUAAUUCACCACAAUGCUGCGUUUUUCUUUAUGCAUGGAAGAUAGAGUAA